GGGGGGGGAGGGUGAUUAUCUUGGAUGCUAUGUGUGGGGUUUUGAGGAGUCUGUUUUUGCUGGUGACAGUGAGCAGGGUGAAGCAGCAGGGGGAACAGUACACUAGGAUGGGUUGGAUGAUGCUUUUGUAGAGGAGUAAGAGGAGGUGGGGGGGCCACAGACAGUGAUCUAAGUUUGCGUAUGACAUAAAGCCGUGGAUAGGGUUAAUGACAUGUUGGUUGGAGUUGAGUUUGUUAUCGAUGGUGAGCCCUAGGUAUUUGAAACUGUUGACUAGUUCAACUGGUUGUCCUCUGAUGAAUGUGCGAUUGAAUGUAGGAGGUGCCUUGGCUGUGUGUAUGACCUUUUCCUUUGUUUUGUCAUCGUUUAACUGGAGAUAGUUGUCUGUGCACCACUGUGAAAACUGUGUGGUUGACUGUUGGUAUUCUCUGGUGGAAUUGUUGUCACGGAGUAGACCUACUAUGGCCGUGUCGUCUGCAUAUUUAUAGUCUGUGGUGAUGGGGGAUGGGCUGCUGCAGUCAUUUGUGUGGAGGGUACACAGAAAUGGACUGAGGACACAGCCCUGAGGUGCUCCGGUGUUGGUGAUGAGGGUUGAUGAUGUUGCUGUACCUACUUUCACUGCAUGUGGUCUGUUGCCGAGGAAAUUGUAUAUCCAGUGAAGGUGGAGUGGAAUAAUGUCCAGAUGUUUGAGCGUCUCGAUGACCUGGUGCCGCUGGAUUGUGUUGAAUGCAGAGGUGGUGUCGACGCACAGGACUGAUGCUAAGUUGUUUGGUGUCUGGAGAUGGUGGAGGAGGGGGUGGAGGAGGCAUGCCACUGCGUCCUCCUUCCCACGUUUCGGCCUGUAUGCAAACUGGUGAGGGUCCAGCUGUGGUCCGACGGUUGACAGGAUGAGGUGAGGCAUUAUCUUCUCCAUGCACUUCGUUAUGAUGGGCGUGAGUGCAACUGGACGGAAGUGGUUGGGCUCUGACUGGCGGGGUUUUGGGGGUAUUGGUGCAAUGGUUGAGGUCUUCCAUAGGUCGGGAACUUUAGCUGUUCUGUAUGAAUCCCAGAAGACGGAGUGGAAGACUGGGCAGAGCUCCAUGGCACAGAGCUUUAGCACCCUUACCGGGAUGCCAUCCGGCCCUGGUGCCUUGCCAAUUUUGCACCUGGCCAGCUGUGGCUGUACAUCCUCCUGAGUGAAGGGUGGGUGCUGGGGUUCUACCAGCGCCUUCACAGGAGGCGGUGUAGUCCUGGGUGUCAAACCGGUUGAAGAACCUGUUCAGGGAGUUAGCAAAGUGCAUGCAUGCAGUGCAGCCAUGUGUCGUGUGGGCGGAGCCAGGGGUUAGGGGAGGAGCCAGUGGUUAGGAGAGGAGGGGAGAGGACUUCAGGUAGAGGAAACGAUACUGAAUGUUCAGAUCAACCAAAGCACCCGACGUGAAAGCAGUUCUCUCGGUCAGGAGAAAAAUAAAACGCCUUUUGAAAUACGCUGACGGACAGAAACAACAUCAAGGAAUGGCCUCUGCUAACACUUCCUGGUCUGAAGAGAACUUUUCAUGUUCCAUCUGUCUGGAUGUGUUCAGCAGCCCAGUUUCCACACCAUGUGGACACAACUUCUGCAGAACCUGUAUUACUAAGUUCUGGGAUGGACAAGUCGAGUACAAAUGUCCCUUUUGCAACGAGCUUUUCAACACAAGACCUGAUUUACGGGUCAAUAUCCUCUUUUCAGAGAUGGUUGAUCGGUUAGGAACGUCUGUACGAGUAAAAGAGCAGCCUUGUGUUGAACCAGCAGAAGUUCCCUGUGACGUCUGUACUGGGACCCAGCUGAAGGCUGUGAAGUCCUGCCUAGUGUGUCUUACCUCUUACUGCCAAACCCACCUGGAGCCACAUCAUAGAGUCGCAGGCCUGAAGAAACAUCGGCUGGUCGAGCCUAUGGACCGUCUGGACGACAGGAUGUGUAAGAAACACGACCGACUUCUGGAGCUCUUCUGCAAGACUGAACAGGUGUGUGUGUGUCAGUUCUGCACAGAGACGGACCACAAGUCACAUCCUGUUAUACCUCUAAAGGAGGAAUAUGAAGUGAAGACGGCUCAGCUGGGGAAGCUGGAGGCUGAAGUUAAGCAGUGGAUCCAGGAGAGACAAAAGAAUAUUCAGGAGAUUAAAGACACAGUUAAACGCAGCAAAGCAGACGCAGAAAGAGAGAUAGCUGAUGGUGUGCAGGUCUUCACUACUCUGAUGCGCCGCAUUGAAAAGUGCCAUGAUGAUCUCUACCAAAUGGUUAAGGAGAAACUGAAAUCCACAGUGAAACAAGCUGAAUACCUCAUCAAAGAGCUGGAGCAGGAAAUAGAAGAUCUGACCAAUAGAUGCUCAGAGGUGAAGCGGCUCUCACAGACUAAAGACCACCUCCACUUCCUCCAGGCCUUCAGAUCCCUGAAGGAUCCUCCACCCAACAGGGACUGGACGACAGUGGAGGUCCUUCCUCCGUCAUACGUAGGGACCUUGAGGAGAUCCCUGGAUCAGCUGGAGGAGACACUGAACAUGGAGAUGAAGAAGCUGCGUGAUGAUGAACUGAAGAGGGUCCAGCAGUAUGAAGUAGAUGUGACUCUGGAUCCUGAUACAGCUCAUUCCUGGCUCAUCCUGUCUGAGGAUGGGAAACAAGUACAUGAUGGAGGUGUAUUGAAGGAUCUCCCAGACAACCCUAAGAGAUUUACAUGGUAUAGAUUUGUUCUCACGAGGCAGAGCUUCUCCUCUGGGAGAUUUUACUUUGAGGUCCAGGUUAAAGAUAAGACUGGAUGGUUUGUAGGAGUGGCCAGAGAGUCCAUCGACAGAAAAGAUAAGGCAAAGUGGACCCCUGAGGAGGGUUACUGGACUCUUCUCUACUACAAGGAUUACUUGGUAUUUAGAGAUGACCCUGCUGUCCGUCUCCCUCUGAGAGCUGAGCUCCAGAAGGUUGGGGUGUUUGUUGAUUAUGAUGAGGGUCUGGUCUCCUUCUAUGAUGUGGAAGCCAGGGUUCAUAUCUACUCUGCUACUGGCUGCACAUUCAGUGAACCUCUCUAUCUAAUCCUCAAUCCAGAAAUACAUAAAGGAGGAAACUCUGCCCCCCUGAUCAUCUCACCUGUCAAUCAAACAGAUUGGACCCUUUUUUAGUAACAAAAUAAUCAAACAACCAAAACAAUGUUGUUUCCUGAAUUAGAAUCUCUAUUGUAUGAGAUCUGAGAGAACUGUAUUCAUAUCUUACUUUCAUUUUUCACACGUCAUUUAACAAGGAAUAAUUCAUUAAGCCAUUAACACUGUGUACUGUAAAAAAUAUAACCCAUUAUAACCUAUAAGACUACUCUAUAAUGUUCAAUGUCGUUUAUCUGAAUGUUUUUCUAGAUUUUUUUAAUUAAUGAAAAAAUUUUAAUUCGAUAAUGUGAAAUGUUGAUUUUGAUA